UGUUAUUUCCCUGAUUUCUUUCCCAGAGUGUUUGUCAUUUGUAUAUAUAGGAAAGCUACCCAUAUUUGUACAUUAAUUUUGUAUCCGGUAACUUGCUGAAAGUGUUUACCUUAGCUGUAGUAGUUUCUUGGUCGAAUUUUUAGGGUCACUUAUGUACACUAUCGAAUCAUCUGCAAAUACAUAUGCUUUGAUUUUUCUUUCUUUCUAAUUUGUAUCCCCUUGAUCUCCUUCAGUUGUCUUAUUGCUCCAGCUAGAACUUCAAGUUCUAUAUUGAAUUGGUAUGGAGAAUGGACAGCUUUGUCUUGUUCCUGAUUUUAGUGGAAUUUAAGUUGAUAUUGGCUACAGGAUUGCUGUAAACUGCCUUUAUUAUGUUGAGGUAUAUCCCUUUUAUAUCUAAUCUCUCUAGGACUUUUAUCAUGAAGGAGUAUUGAAUUUUGUCAAAGGCCUAUUUUGCAUGUAAUGAGGUGAUUGUAAAUUUUUUUGUCUUUAAGUUUCUUUAUAUGGUGGAUUACAUUUAUUGAUUUAUGUAUGUUGAGACAUCCCUGCAUCUCUUGGAUUAGGCCUAAUCAUAGUGGAUGAUCGUUUUGAUGUCUUUUUGGAUUCAGUUUGCAGUAUUUUAUUGACUAUUUUUGCUUCUAUAUUUAUAAGGGAAAUUGAUCUAUAUUUCUCUUUAUUUGUUGGGUCUUUGUGUAGCUUGGGUGUCAAGGUAACUGUGGCCUUAUAAAAUGAAUUGGGCAGUGUUCCUUCUGUUUCUAUUUUGUGAAAUAAUUUGAGGUGUAUUGGCAUUAAAACUUCUUUGAAAGUCUGGAAGGGCCCCCUGUCUGUCUUCUCUCCCCUGGGAGCAGCUCUCCUGCCUUGACCUCUCACCCCUGAAAAUGUAUGCCUGCUCCAAGUUCAUCUCCACCUGUUCCUUCAUCAGGAGCACCUAUCAGCUGCUGUGUCAUCCUCUGUCUGCAGUGGAGCUGAAUCGACCACAGACGUGGACAGAUGAGGGCCUCAGCAGCUUGGCAGCCCCUCGUCCUCAGACCUCACUUGUCCCUAGCUGCAGCUUCCAAACCAGCAUCAUUUCCAGGGACAUAGACACAGCAACCAAGUUCAUUAUGGCUGGGGCUGCUACAGUUGGGGUAGCUGGCUCUAGGGCUGGGAUUGGGACUGUUUUGGGGAGCCUCAUCAUUGGUUAUUGCUUCUCUGAAGCAACAGGUCUUUACAAGAUUCUGGACUUUUCCCUCUCAGAGGUCAUGGAGCUCUUUUGCCUAAUGGUGGCUUUUCUCAUCCUUUUUGCCAUGUGAAGCAGCUGUCUCCACUUCCACCUCCCGUAGUUCUGCCCUGUAUGUCCCUUUUCCUGUACCUCCCCAGGAAGUCUGGGGAAAAUGCUUGGCUCGGGGUUUGACAGAGAAAAGACAAAUAAAUACUGUAUUAAAAAGUCAGGAAGGAUUCUGUGCUAAAGCUGUCUGGCCCUGGGUUGAGUUUUUGUUUGUUUUUUGUUUGCUUUUGGGUUUUCUGAGGCAGGGUUUCUCUUUGUAGUUCUGGCUGUGGUCUACAGGACAUCUGUUCAGGAUCUUCUGAGUUUUAGAGUCUCCAUUGAGAAGUCAACCAUAAUUCUAAUAGGUCUGCCUU